AUGGUCCGCUACGCCCCCCAACACAUCACACCUGCGAAGUCCGCUCGCUCGCGUGGCUCGUACCUGCGUGUCAGCUUCAAGAACACUCGCGAGACCGCCCAGGCCAUCAACGGCUGGAAAGUUCAGCGCGCAAUCAAAUACCUCGAGAAUGUGCAAGAGUUGAAGGAGUGUGUGCCUAUGCGUCGGUAUGCUGGUAGCACUGGAAGAAGCGCUCAAGGCAAGAACUUCGGCGUCUCCAAGGCCCGUCACCCAGUCAAGUCCGCCGAAUUCCUCCUCGAUCUCCUCAAGAACGCCGAGGCCAACGCCGACACCAAGGGUCUCGACACCAGCAACCUCGUCGUCAAGCACAUCCAAGUCAACCAGGCUCCCAAGCAGCGUCGUCGCACAUACCGUGCCCACGGUCGCAUCAACCCUUACAUGAGCAACCCCUGCCACGUGGAGUUGAUCUUGACUGAAGGUGCGGAGGAGGUUAGCAAGACAAAGGAUUUGGUCAAGGAGCCGAGAUUGAACUCGAGACAGCGGGGUCAGCGGGCACGACGGGCUAUUGCUAGCUCAUAG